AUCCUGAUUGACCCGCCCGUCCCGACCACUAACCACCAGGCUAUCUAGAGAUCCGGCACAAGGUCCCCAGAGUUCAUCUGUGCGCACGAGACCCCAUAAAACAACCUUUACUGUCUCUGCAGUUGGGGUUUUCUCUCAACAGAACAAAGACAUGAAAGCAUGAUAAUGGAUGAUUCAUUCAAAAACGCGAGAUUCAUUUUGACAAACAGUACAACUUCUGACACACUGAAACUAGCAUGAUUCCACAUAAGGAGUGAAUGCUGAAGAUUUCAGAGAGGAGGUUGUGGGAAUGGAGUGAUUACAAGUUGAGAGAAUGGCGUAUCACAACUUUAUACCGGCCAGUUCCUCUGACUUCACUAUUAGUUCGAUGCUUGGGCAACAGUCACAGUUUUUUCCUGUUGGGAAACGGCAGUUUACGAACGUUCUCCAUAACUCUAUUCGUCUGGCACUCAAAGAAGCCGCUUCUCCCGCGCACCUCUCUGUGGAUACGAGAGACCUCGGACUGGCACCUGAGGAUGACCCCGUGGUUCACCUGGAAGGCAAGGAACUGUGGGGGCAGUUUCACAAAUGCGGUACGGAGAUGGUCAUAACAAAGUCUGGAAGGCGCAUGUUUCCAGCAUUUAAAGUGCGCUGCAGCGGCUUUGACAGGAAGGCGAGGUACAUCUUGCUGAUGGACAUAGUCGCGGCUGAUGACUUCAGAUACAAGUUUCACAACUCCCGUUGGAUGGUAGCUGGAAAGGCCGAUCCAGAAAUGCCCAAACGAAUGUACAUCCACCCAGACAGUCCUGCUACCGGGGAGCAAUGGAUGACCAAAGCUGUGACCUUUCACAAACUCAAACUGACGAACAAUAUAUCUGACAAACAUGGAUUUACCAUUUUAAACUCCAUGCACAAAUAUCAGCCGAGGUUUCAUAUCGUUCGAGCCAACGACAUCCUCAAACUUCCCUACAGCACAUUCAAAACAUACGUGUUUCCUGAGACUGAAUUUAUCGCUGUGACAGCAUACCAAAACGAAAAGAUAACUCAGCUGAAAAUCGAUAAUAAUCCAUUUGCAAAAGGAUUCCGAGAUACCGGAAAUGGGAGACGAGAGAAAAGGAAACAGAUGUUGCAUCAAAAGUGUGAUGUGGAAGAGAAAAAAGCCAAAGUGUUCACAGACGACUCAUCUUUUGACCAAAGUUCCUCAAAUUAUUUAAUUCAAGAAACUAAUGUAGUUACAUCAACUUCAACAGAUACGAAUGAGAGCGACAUCGAUGGAUAUGGAGAUGAGAAGGAAAGCAAUGAAGAUGAGAAUCAGACAAUUUCUCAAGAUGAGCAAAAUUCCAGAGAAAUCUCUACAACAGUGCUAGAAUCCAAGGACGAUUCAAAAGAGAAGAUCAAGGAAAAGCAUAGUGAGAAGGAGGGUACUGAACAUUUACCCUUUGAUAAAAGACAUGCUGAACAAUCCAAGUUUGCAGUUGAUGUGACUGAUGUUUCUCUGAAGGGUUUGCUCGCUCAGCCCUAUUACAUCCCCACUCCAGGCCUAAUUAAUUCGCUGUGUGUGCCGGCACAAGUCUUGUCAAAUUUAUGUCAGUUUAAUUAUGUCGGAACACUUCCACUUUUGGCAUCUGAAGCAACUGGUCCUUGGUUAUCUAGAGGGUCAAAUGAAGGGGAGGGUCAAAGUUACACCACUUCAGUCUCAACUUCACAACAAAGAUUUAUCGGCAUGCCAGAUUUACCACCUAACUUUCAGCAGCACAGAACAACCUCUCAGGGUGUGCUUGUCUCGGCGCAUGGAACUGUCUUGUCUUAUCCACAGAGUUACAUGACCACAUCUGCUGCCACCUCCUCUGCGGGCUCAUACCAGGCUCAACGCCCCCCUUUUCUCAACGUUGGCUACCGAUCCCGAUGCAGACCCUACCCUGUACCAAUGUGGGUGCAUGGCCGAAAAAUGCCACAAAGUUCAGUAUUUAUACCAUAUGGUGAAACUGAUACAAAGGAGCAUGCUGGUAUUACAACUCAUGGAUCAACUGAGUUUAUAUCAAAACCUAAUGAGGAUCGAAACACAACAUGUCGGGAUCUCUAGAAAUGACUGUACAGGAGCAACAACAAAUUUGGCAAGCUGUAAUUAUGUGCAUUAUAAGUCUAUGGUAUGUAUCAAUUGAAGAUCUGGAUUAAAAAAUAAUAUAUACUAUUUAUUCUUUAGUCUUUAUCUGCUGUGUAAAUGUGUGAAAAAUGCAUAAAAUACAUGAAGUUGCAGAGCAACCAUAAAAUAAAUUUGUGUUUUCCCCUUUAUUUGCUCUACUUCUAUUAUUAU